AUGCCCAAAAAUCGCUGUAAGAACAAAUCGCCAUCGCAUCGGGUAUCCCCCAAGAAGCCUGCAAAGCACAAGGAUCGCGAGGACGAACAAGUGGAACCCAAAUUUCUUAAGCGUAAAGGGCAAAACAGCACAGACGAUGAUGGAUCUCAAGCUCUACCGGCACUACCUGAAGCUGGACCGAGCCGUAUCCCUCUGGAUUCCACAGUACCUAAUCCAGUAGAUCCAGAUGGACCGCCUGCUCCGAUACAGCCUUCCAGGAAUUUGAAGUCUACAUUGCAAGCCAUGGUGGAGGGAAACGUAUCGUACUCAUACAAAGAGAGACAACCGAGCAAGUAUCUUGCUCUCGACUGCGAGAUGGUCGGCGUUGGGCCCAGGGGCAAGCGAUCGUCGGUGGCGCGGGUCAGCGUAAUCAACUAUCACGGCGCGGUGCAGCUGGACGAGUUUGUGCGGCAGAAAGAGCGCGUCGUUGAUUACCGCACGAAACAUAGCGGUGUACGCCAACGCGAUCUCGUCAAUGCCAAAUCGUUCGACGAGAUUCAGAGCCGGGUUGCGAGCCUAUUGAAGGACAGGGUUUUACUCGGGCAUGCUGUGUUCAACGACUUGAAGGCGCUAUCCCUCGAACACCCACCAGCCCAGACUCUGGACACGCAAUCCUAUGCAUGGAAAUUCAAAGUAGCCAAGGUCGAAUGCAUCGCUCUUCGGCAUCUCGUCAAACAGGAACUCGGGCUAACAAUCCAGGACGGGGAGCAUUCCUCUGUCACUGAUGCUCGCGCCACGAUGGCCAUCUUCCGUCUCCACGAGCGGGAGUGGGAGAAAGCCAUAAGCUCAGCUGCAGCGCCGAACACAAACACGAAUAAGAAGAAACGGAAAUUAGGCUCGGAGGAACAACAUGACCCGCAAUCCCCAGUGGAGUUGGCGCGGGGUGGUGGCGGGCUGAAUGCGAACAAGACUCAGGAUAAGAACAAGAAUAAGAAGGGUAAGAAGGGUAAGAAGAAUAUCAAGAACAAGAAACCGGACGCGCAGCCUCGAUUGGCCUGCGCAUGGGGCAGGCCCGAACCCGGACCGCCACUGGGUUUGGGAUCGGUAUGGACUUGGGACCCCGAACCAGGACCGCCACUGGGUUUGGGAUCGGUAUGGGCUUGGGACCCCGAACCAGAUGUGUGGGCGGGAUGGGACGAACCGCCCCAAUCACGAUCGGGGUUGGGGUGGGGUGGAGGUGGAGGAGUACUAUCAGAGGAUCGGGGGUGUGCGUGGGAUGGUGAUGAUGAUAUAGAGCACUGGGGUCGCGACGCCAGUAAAGGAUGGAGUUGGUAG